GGAUACCGAAUUUUGUGCUAAUACAACAGGCAUUAUUUUUCCGCUCUUGCAUUCUUUUAAAAACCGUUCUUUGUCACCGUGAUUGCGAAAGUUAUCAAUAUAUCUUCAAUUCUUUAACGUCCAGUUCUUUCAUCUCUGGUAUUCUUUCACUACACAAUUGAGCAUCAGAAGGAAGCUCAUUCAUGCCUGAUCGACAUGGCAAAAAAUCCUAUGGAACAAGUCUUACAUAACUUAGAAUUUUUUUCACGCUGCGUGCAUACUCACAUGUCCAAUUUCUUCCAAAACUUGCAGAAGAACGAACCCAAUUCUACAAAAAGAGGAAGCAGCUCUGUAACAUUAGGCAAUAAUAAAAUUGGAGAUGCUUGGCAGUUCGAUCAAGGAGCGACUAAACGCGGGUCUUUUUUAGAGGGGGAAAAGAAGAUUCCGUUUCAUUUGGAUAGGGCUGAUUAUAGAGGAGAUUUUGACGGCACAGAUGCAGUUGCUGUGGAUAACACUAAAUCUUUGACACAGGGUAAGCCAGGAAAGCUGAUAUCGAAAGAGGAGUUAGGGCGGGCAACAUGGACGUUGCUCCACACAAUUGGAGCUCAGUUUCCUGACAAGCCAACAAAGCAACAAAAACGAGAUGUGAAAGAAUUGAUGGCAAUACUAUCCAGAAUCUAUCCAUGUAAGGAAUGUGCCGAUCAUUUCAAAGAUGUACUUAAAGUGUUCUGUACGAUUUACAGAGCAAAUCCCGUUGAAGCAAACUCAGGGGCCGAGUUAGCACAAUGGAUGUGUCGCGUGCACAAUGUUGUAAACAGAAGCUUGGACAAACCCAGUUUCCCUUGUCAAAGAGUUGAUGCAAGAUGGGGUGCAUUGGAAUGCGACGAGGGUGCUUGUGACUUGCAAGGGCAAAGAAAGUCUCGUGUUUGAUAUGGUUGACUGUUUUUGAAAAUUGUUUUCCGCAUACACCCAAGUUACAUUCCCAGACGGUUGGCGCAAGAUGUACUCCAGAAUAUGAUGAGCUUCUAGGUGACAUGCGAGUUUGCAAGCUCUACUGCCCAAGCAUGGAAUACUAUUUAUUCAAUAUGUUGUGACACUAGUCUUUUUUGUUUUGAUUGGAUUUUGCUGAAACAUUUUAUUAUUAAUCAAAGUGCAAAGAAACGUGUGUUAUAUUUGAUAGACC